CAUUUUCCGUAGCUCUCUUCUUCUCUGAACAAAAACCCUAGUUUUUCAAGUUUCAUUUUCUUCAAAAAUGUCUGCUGAUGUUGAGUACCGGUGCUUUGUCGGUGGUCUGGCCUGGGCCACCGACGAUCAGGCUCUUGAACAAGCCUUCUCUCAAUUCGGCGAAGUUGUCGACUCCAAGAUCAUCAACGAUCGUGAGACUGGUAGAUCCAGAGGAUUUGGGUUUGUCACUUUCAAGGACGAGAAAUCCAUGAGGGACGCCAUCGAGUCGAUGAACGGCCAGGAGCUUGACGGCCGUAACAUCACCGUGAACGAGGCUCAGUCACGUGGAAGCGGUGGUGGCGGUGGUGGCCGCGGUGGUUACCGCGGUGGUGGCGGCGGAUACGGAGGUGGUGGUGGCGGAUACGGAGGUGGUGGUGGCGGAUACAACCGUCGCGGUGGUGGAGGUUACGGAUCUGGUGGCGGCUAUGGCGGUGGCCGACGGGAAGGCGGUUACGGAGGCGGUGACGGUGGAUAUGGUGGCAGUGGCGGCGGCUGGUGAUUGGAUUAGCCGGUAGUGUCGUGUCACCGAGUUGGUUUUCAUGUUCCGUUUGGUCUUUUGGUUUGUGACAGAUCGUUUGGGGUACUCGUUGCCUAUAGUACGAUCUUGAAAUUUUUAUCUUUUGUUUACUACCAGAUUAAUAUCAGUUUUCACUGUGUUGGAAAAGGUAGAUUUAGGUUUUAUCAAUUAUAAUAAGAAGCGAGCUUUUAAUCUUAUCA